CGCCCUCUUCCGGGCAAUGACGUCACGGCCCGUACCAUCUGCUUAUAAGCCGCGGUCAACACCGUCUGGUUAUCAGUCAAUCGUCUAGCUAGCGGACAGUGAAGGUUACCUGCUUCAACAGUGCUUGAACGGCAACCUUUCAUCUGUCUUUAGAUUCCAAUCAUCACUUUAUUAACAACUAAAUCGCGUUUUACCUUGAAACAUCAGCUCGUUUAAGACAUCCGUAACACGUUUAGCUUGCCAGCUACACUUUGUUUCGUCAACGACGCAAGACAGAUUUUCCACCUCCUCACAAGACCUGCCACCGAAACCUGAACCAUGAGUUCCCAGGUGAGACAGAACUUCCACCAGGACUGCGAGGCUGCAAUCAACAGGCAGAUCAACCUGGAGCUGUAUGCCUCCUAUGUCUACCUGUCCAUGGGAUACUACUUUGACCGGGAUGAUCAGGCAUUGCACAACUUUGCCAAAUUCUUCCGCAAUCAGUCACAAGAGGAGCGUGAGCAUGCUGAGAAACUGAUGAAACUCCAGAACCAGAGGGGGGGCAGGAUCUUCCUACAGGAUGUCAAGAAACCAGAGAGGGAUGAGUGGGGCACUGGACUUGAGGCCCUUGAAUGUGCCCUGCAGCUUGAGAAGAGCGUGAACCAGUCACUCCUCGACCUGCACAAAGUCUGUUCUGAUCACGCUGACCCACAUCUGUGUGACUUCAUUGAGACUCACUACCUGGACGAGCAGGUGAAGUCCAUCAAAGAGCUGGGAGACUGGGUGACCAAUCUGCGCCGCAUGGGAGCGCCUCAGAACGGCCUGGCCGAGUACCUGUUUGACAAGCACACCCUGGGCAAAGAAAGCAGCUAAAUGCAUCCACAGCAAUUCUACAAAUGCUUUCUAUAUUUGUCUCUUGCUUACAAUCAGUCUUCUAUGAUGCCAUCUGCAUGGUACUGGCAAGUCAUUGCAACUAUUUUAUUCAAACCUCUUGCCAUUUACUCAACAUUAAAGUAACGUGACUAAUCCCAGAGCUGAAAGCUAUUCCAUCCAAAGCCCACUCUUGUAUCUUGUACGUCUCUGCUUUGCCUACGUCAUUACUACAUAUUUGCUGUGUUUUAUGCCGGAAGCAGUUAAUUAAACCAAAUAAAAUGAACCCUCUGGAUUCUGA